AUGGACCGCUACGACGUGGGCACGGCGUUGGGCCAGGGCCAGUGGGGCGUCGUGCGCAAGGCCACGCGCAGGGCCGACGGCGUCGAGGUGGCCAUCAAGAAGGUGCGCUGCGCCGCGGGCAGCGCCGAGGGCGUCAACUUCCAGGUGCUGCGCGAGAUCAAGAUGCUGAGGGACGCGCGGCACCCGCACGUCGUCCGGCUGUUCGACGUCUUCCGGAACCCCGGCGGCGACGCGACGCUGAGCCUCGUCUUCGAGCUGCUGGCGACGGACCUGGAGAAGGUGCUCUACGACGGCGGCGGCGCGCUCGUAAACGACGGCGUGGCCAAGGGCUACGGCUUCAUGCUCUUGGACGCGCUCGCGUUCCUGCACUCGCACCACGUGCUCCACCGCGACGUCAAGCCGGCGAAUCUGCUGAUUUCGGCGGCGGGCGUGCUGAAGCUGGCGGACUUUGGCUACGCGCGCUACGUCGCGGACCCGGGCGGCCGCAUGUCCUACGAGUGCUGCACGCUGUGGUACCGGCCGCCGGAGCUCCUCUUGGGCGCGGCGGACUACGGGCCGGGCGUCGACGCCUGGGGCGCGGGCUGCAUUUUGGCCGAGCUCGCCCUGCGCCGGCCCGUCUUCCGCGGCGACUCGGAGACGGACCAGCUCGCGCGGAUCUUCGCGGUCCUGGGGUCGCCCGACGACGCGUCGUGGCCGGGCGUCGCGAGCCUCCGCAAGUACGUCAAAUUCACGGACGCGCGGUCCGAGGACCUCGGCGCGCUGCUCAACGCGACGCCGGCGACGCCCCUCGUGGCGCGGCUCCUCGCGCUGGACCCGAACGCGCGCGCGUCCUGCGCGGACGCGCUCCGCGACGCGUACUUCGCCGCGGACCCGCCCCCGGAGCUCGCGCCCCACUAA